CUGCUGAGGGGAGAGCGGGCGGCCUGGCCCCGCUCCCCGCCUGCCUGUGGCGGGUGGGACACAGCGCGCUCCGAGGGGCGCUCUAACCAAGGCCUGCGUAACCCUGACCGCCCGCCGUGACGGCGCUCUCCGGGGCCGCCCGCCCUGGUUACUGCCAGCCAGGUUUCGGGGCGGGGAGCAGGCCCGGGCCUGGGUUCCCGCAGGAGGAGGCUGACCCGGCCUCAGGGCCCUUUAGAGCCACCGGCGAGGAAGGGAGCGUGUGUUUUCCGCCGCCUGGGAUGAAGAACAGAGCCCGGCCGGAGGAUGAGCGUGUUGUGCCGAGGCGGGGUGGCGUACCCGGUGUGCAAGGCGCCAGUGUGCACGCAGAGUGGAGAAUAAACAGAUGCUUUGUUGGAAGGCGGCAGCCCCCGGUUCGCCCAGCGCAGCGCUCGCCGGGGUGGCGGGAUGAAAGGAGCCGUGUGCCGUGUCAGCACCGGCCAUAACGAGCCGUGGUGCCCUGGAGAGGGGUGCUCAGCCCCUCUGGAAGCUGAUGGGGCAGGGGACCAGCCCCCAGCCACCCACUUGGGUGUGACCUAAAUCCAUCAUACGAAGGCGUCUCCACCAUGCCUCUGUGACCAGCUAUGGGGAAGCUCCAGAGCAAGGUCCUGAUCCUGACAAUAUGUGCUGCUGGGAUUGGAGGCACUUUCCAGUACGGCUACAACAUCUCCAUCAUCAAUGCUCCCACCGCGUACAUCCAGACCUUCAUGAACCAGACCUGGCUGGAGCGCACGGGCGUCCCCCUGGAGAGCGACGUGCUGCUGCUGCUGUGGUCGCUCACCGUCUCUGCCUACCCGCUGGGAGGGCUCGCCGGGGCGCUGGCCGCUGGCCCCAUGGCCAUCGUGGUGGGCAGGAAGAUGUCCCUGCUGCUGAACAACCUCUUUGUGAUCACGGCCGCGCUGCUGUCGGGGUUCAGCCGGAUGGCAAGGUCCUUUGAGAUGAUUAUGCUCAGCAGGUUUUUCACCGGCGUGAACGCAGGUGUCAGCAUGAACAUUCAGCCCAUGUACUUGGCAGAAAGUGCCCCAAAGAAGCUCAGGGGGGCCGUGGCCUUGACCUCGGCGUCGUUUACAGCCCUGGGGCUGGUGCUGGGGCAGGUUGUUGGACUCAGGGAGCUGCUAGGAGGGGAGGAGAGCUGGCCCUUCCUCUUAGCUAGCAAUGCUGUGCCUGCCCUCAUCCAGCUCACGGCUUUGCCUUGGCUCCCUGAAAGUCCCAGAUACCUCUUGAUCGACCGUGGAGAUAAAGAAUCCUGCAUCUCUGCCCUGCAGAGGCUCCGAGGCAGCGGUGACCUCGGCGUGGAGCUGGAGGAGAUGCUGGCCGAGCAGGCUGCUGCCAAGGGCCAGAGAGCCAAGAACCCUUGGGAGCUGCUCAGGAACCCGUCCCUGCGGUGGCAGGUGCUGAGCGUGGUGGUGCUGAGCAGCGCCAUGCAGCUCUGCGGCAACGACUCGAUGUAUUUCUAUGCAGCGUAUGUGUUCCGAGAGGCUGGAAUCCCUCAGGCCAAAAUCCCGUAUGUUGUAAUCGGCACGGGGAGCUGUGAGCUGAUGGCGUCCGUCACCUGUAACAUGAUCAUAGACUACGCCGGUCGGAGGCCGCUGCUCCUGGGGGGAUACAUCUUCAUGGCAGGGUGGGCCGUGGUCUUCAUGGUCGCUCUGAGCCAGCAGACGCAGAUCAGCUGGAUGCCCUACCUCAGCAUGGCCUGCAUCUUCGCCUACAUCCUCAGCUUUGGAAUCGGACCAGCGGGUGUAACAGGAGUUCUGCCCACUGAGAUUUUUGACCAGCUCUCCCGCCCGGCCGCGUACAUGAUCUGUGGUUCCCUGCUCUCUUCCUCUCUCUCGACCCCAAAGUUUUCCUCGCUGUGGUGUCACUGGUUUGUUCCUCUCUGA